GUAACUCUAUGGCGCGAUAUGUUUAUACAGGUACACUGAUAUUUAUGACAUGUUUGGUUCAUAAACGUGGGUGUUUUAAUCUCGGUCCUCUUUAUCUCUCGUGGAUUUUGAUGGAUACUAAUUCUGUUUGAAAUCCAAAGAUUUCAAAGAUGACUGCUGAAACUAUAAGUCACCCGUACUGGCCCAGGGACCUGUUCAUUCCAAACUACACAGAAAAUGAGCGCUCCAUGUUGGAGAUCGUCACUUUCCUGUUCUCUGUGUCAGGAUUGUUGAUGUUGUUAGCCUGGACUUUGACAGGAAAGAGUGUUGGUGGAGGAAAACUGAGUAGCUGGAGAAGGUUAGCACUGUGCUGGUUUACCGUCUGUGGCUUUAUCCAUGGUGUCAUUGAGGGUUGGUUCUCUCUCUACUACACCAUCAUUCCAGCAGAUCAGAGCUUCCUUUCUCAACUUUGGAAGGAAUAUUCAAAAGGUGAUAGUAGAUAUGUCAUAGCAGAUAAUUUCACUGUGUGCAUGGAAACAGUGACUGCAUGUCUAUGGGGACCUUUCAGUCUGUGGAUUGUUGUGGCCUUCUUGUAUAAUCAUUCCUACAGAUUUAUUCUACAGCUCAUUGUGUCUCUAGGUCAGCUGUAUGGAGCAGUGCUCUAUUUCUUUACUGAACACAGAGACGGGUAUAUGCAUAGCGAGUAUGGACACCCCAUCUAUUUCUGGUUCUACUUUGUCUUUAUGAAUGUCCUAUGGAUUGUGAUCCCUUUUACUCUUAUCAUGGACUCAUGGUUCCAGCUGAGUAGCACCCAAGCCUUGUCAGACAAAACAGUUCCCAAACGAAAGAUGAAAUAGAUGUGAAAAUUGUUUAGAAAUGGUAAUAUGUUACUGUGCACCAUUCUAGGUGACAUUUAAAUGUAAUUGUGGUUUGUAGUUAUUUCAUAUUAUAUUCAUAACACUAUAUGGGUAAACAAAAAUCGUUAUUUUUUUUUUUUUGCUUCAAGUGAUUAAAAUUUAAAUUUGCUUUUA